AUGGCGGCAACAACAAGUGGAAAUCGAAAUAAUGAAGCAUUAAAAAAUUCUCAAGAAUCUUCCAUAUCUCGACGUAGUACAUCAUCACAUUUAUUUCCUGUUGAUUCAUCAUCAUCAUCGAAUUCAAGUAGUAAAAAGUUUUCAGCAAGUUCAUCAAGUUUAUCUCCGUUUGUUGAAAAAAAACAAGCAAUCGCACGACGUGGUGCAUUAAGACAAAAGAAUAUUUAUACUGUCAAAUCGCAUCAAUUUAUUCCAAGAUUUUUCAAAACACCCACAUUUUGUUCUCAUUGUCGAGAUUUUAUUUGGGGUUUUGGUAAACAAGGAUUUCAAUGUCAAAUUUGUUCUCUUGUUGUUCAUAAGCGUUGUCAUGAAUUUAUCAGUUUUAUAUGUCCUGGUAUUGAUAAAGGAGCGGAUUCAGAUGCUCCACGAAAUAAUCAUAAAUUUCUUAUUCAUACAUAUACGUCACCGACAUUCUGUGAUCAUUGUGGAUCUCUUCUAUAUGGACUCAUACAUCAAGGUCUUAAAUGUCAAAGCUGUGAUAUGAAUGUUCAUAAGAAAUGUCAAACACUUGUACCAGAGUUAUGUGGUCUUGAUCAUACAGAACGUCGAGGCCGAAUACAUUUACGUAUAACAUUUGAACGUGAAAAUAAAUUAAUUAUUGAAGUAAUUGAAGCAAGAAAUUUAAUUCCAAUGGAUCCAAAUGGUUUGAGUGAUCCAUAUGUUAAAAUAAAAUUAAUUCCAACAACAUCAGAUGGAAGUAAAAAACAACAUUUAAGUAAAUAUAAAACAAAAACAGUACGUGCAACAUUAAAUCCUCAAUGGUAUGAAAAAUUUACAAUUGAAUUAACGGAUGAUGAUAAAGAUAAACGAUUAUUAAUUGCUGUUUGGGAUUGGGAUAGAACAUCGAGAAAUGAUUUUAUGGGUUCACUAUCAUUUGGUGUUUCUGAAUUAAUGAAAGGAUCAGUUGCAGGCUGGUUUAAAUUAUUAACACAAGACGAAGGAGAUUUUUAUUCAGUACCUGUACCAAGUGAAGAGGGUUUAAAAAUUCCCAUAAGACAACCAACUGUAACUGUAUGCAAAAGAAAACUUCCUACUGUAAGAGAAAUGAGUAAUCGUUCUGAUCUAUCAAGUAGUGGAAGUAUUAAUUUAAAUGAUCAAACAGUAAUGCGUUCCAAUUCUCAAACACAAGCAGUUAAAGUAACAGAUUUUAAUUUUAUUAAAGUACUUGGUAAAGGUUCAUUUGGAAAAGUUGUUCUUGCUGAACAUAAAGGAUUAGCAGAUGAAUUAUAUGCAAUAAAAAUUUUAAAAAAAGAUAUUAUUGUACAAGAUGAUGAUGUUGAAUGUGUAAUGAUUGAGAAACGAGUUUUAAUGUUAAAUGAUAAACCAAAAUUUCUUGUACAACUUCAUUCAUGUUUUCAAACAGUGGAUCGAUUAUACUUUGUUAUGGAAUUUGUUAAUGGUGGUGAUCUCAUGUAUCGUAUUCAACAUGAAGGAAAAUUUAAAGAACCAGUUGCAUGUUUUUAUUCAGCUGAAAUUGCAGUAGGUCUUUUCUACCUUCACAAAAAGGGUAUAAUCUACAGAGAUCUAAAGCUGGAUAAUAUUUUAUUGGAUAGUGAAGGACAUAUUAAAAUAGCCGAUUUUGGAAUGUGUAAAGAAGGAAUAAUCAAUGAUAGGAAAACAUCGACUUUUUGUGGAACACCAGAUUAUAUUGCCCCAGAAAUCAUUUUAUAUCAAAAAUAUGGUAAAAGUGUUGAUUGGUGGGCAUAUGGUGUAUUACUCUUUGAAAUGCUUGCUGGUCAACCACCAUUUGAUGGUGAAGAUGAAGAAGAACUUUUUACAGCUAUUACAGAUCACAAUGUAUCCUAUCCAAAAUCAAUGUCAUUUGAAGCUGUGUCCAUUUGCAAAGGAUUAAUGACAAAAAAUCCUCAAAAAAGACUUGGUUGUCAUGUAACAGAUGGUGAACGUGAAAUAAAAGAUCAUUCCUUUUUUCGACGUAUCGACUGGCUACGAAUUGAAGCUCGUGAAUUACAACCUCCAUUUAAACCUAAAAUUAAAAAUGCUCGUCUAGCGGAAAAUUUCGAUAAAUGUUUUACAAACAAUCCAUUGAAAAUGACAUCAUGUGAUCCACUUGUACUUGCAUCAAUCAAUGAAGAUACAUUUCAUAAUUUUUCUUUUUAUAAUCCAUUUUUCAUGAUUGAACAAAGGAUCUUAUGA